AUGUCUGAGCCUAAGGGCCCGACCCUGAAGCUCAAGUUCGGCAAGAAGCCCGCUCCACCACCAGCGGAGCCAGCGCCAGCUGAAGCUGCACCGCCGAAGCUCACUCUAAAAAUCGGUCGCAAACUCCAACCUCCGCCCGAAGCAUCCGAAGAGAAACCCAAGAAAAAGAAGGCCUCGACGAAGAAACGCCCCGCCGAGAAUGCAGCCCCUCCUGAGCCCGCAGCGGCUCAGCCAGGUCCGAAGCGGCUCAAACUGAACGCAUCCAAACUCAAGUCGAUUCGCAUCAAGAACAAGGCCCAUGUUCCCAACCGGCCAGUGGGCGUCGGUUACGACUCGGAGGCAUCGGAUACGGAGAUGGACCCAGCGAUCGAGGAACAGUUUAUCUUACGAAUGCUGCCGGGCGAAGACUGCGACUACCUGCGACAAGCUAUCGAGGAGAGGAAAUUCGACAAGUCGGAGUUCUCGUUCAAGCCGCUUAAUCGUGAAGGGAGACGGGCCAUCUUCAAGGUUCGGAACAAGCAGUAUGCGGCAGCUUUGGUCGAUCUGCCCUGUAUCAUCGAGGGCAUGAAGAGUUGGGAUCGUCGGGGGUGGUAUAAAUCCGCCGACAUCUGCCAAAUGCUUUUAAUCUUGGGUCCUGUCUCGAGUGAUCAGGAAGCUCUGGAAUAUCCACUCCCUCCCGAGAUUGAAGCCGCCGACACCAAGACCCUACAAUACCCCCAUGGUCUCGCGCCACCCUUACGAUGGGUCCGGAAGAGACGUUUCCGUGAUCGUGUCAGCUCGAGGACUAUCGAACAAGUGGAAAAGGCGGUCGAGGAUUUGGUUGCACAGGAUGAACAAUCACUUUUCCCUCCAAGAUUCGACCUGGUGGAUAGCGCGUCACUGAACCGUGCCGAAGGAUUUGUGCCGGAGGACUACGAUUAUGAGUACGAUGAAGAGCAAGAUGCUGAAGGCGAGGUAGACGAAAUGAUGGACGACUUUGACGACGACCUGGCCGCCGAGAUGGAAGCCGCACUGGCUGCUGGAGAUGAUGAUGCAGCGGCCGCCGUCUCCGAAGCAGUACAGGCAGCCACUGCAUCUACGCCGGCUGCACGGACCGAAGGGGGAGGUGAUUCAUCAGGCGAUGAGAAUGAGGUAUCGGAUGAGGAUGACGAUAUCCCAGAAGAUGAUCUCGACGAGGAACAAAUGGAGCAACAACGCCAGCUCCAGCAGCACCGGGAAGAGAUCGCCGAGCUUGAAACCCUCAUUCAAACGGAAACUGCACAAUGGCAGAAAGUGCAAAAUCAAAUUCUGCGGAACAAAAUGGGUCGCCGCAUUCAGGAGCUCAAGAAAGACCUGGAGCUCAAGAAGGUGUCUAUUGGGAUGCCUGGCGAGAACGAUGUCUGA